AUGGCGCCUCUCGAAAACGGCCAUGCCAAUGGCUUAAACGGCGAUUCUCUACCAUCUACAAGCUCCCUACCUAACCUACGUUUCUCCGAUAUCCCCGAUGCCAUCGAUAUUCCCGCCUCCAGUUUCGACAGCGAAGUCGAAGUCAGUCUCCUCGACCUCCCCGAAGACCCAACCGAGCUCUGCACCCUCUUGGAAAAUGAACGGGCGGCCAAGAACUUCUGGGUCAUCAUCGCAUUGGCCUACGCCAAGCGAAAGCAGAUCGACCAUGCCAUCGAUAUCCUGAACAAGGGUCUGGCCUCCGUCGCCCACGGAGCUACCAAAGAGAAACUCGGCCUUCUGGGCUGGAUCUGCUGGUUGCUCAUGCUGAAGAGUCGCCAGGCUCCUCGCGUCGCGCCAGAGGGAGAGCUCUACUCAGAAGCCAAGACCAAGGACCACUACCUGCAGCUGGCGACGUCCACUCUGAACGAGGCAUCGCGUUUGAAUCCCGCGUACCCGCCUCUUUUCCUGGCCCGUGGCCGGGUGGAAGCCCUCCGGCAAGCGCUGAAAUGCUUCGACGAGUCCUCCAAGGCCUUUGGCGGUCGUAACAUUAUGGCUAUUCUGGGCCGUGCCCGCGCACUCUACAUGCUGGGAAGAUACGCAGAGGCUCUCGAGGGCUAUCAAAAGGUCCUGAUGAAGGUGCCUAACCUGACCGAUCCUGAUCCCCGCAUCGGUCUGGGAUGCUGUCUCUGGCAGCUCGGCUUCAAGGACCAAGCGAAGGUAGCAUGGGAGAGAUCACUGGCCUUGAACCCCAAGUCCAAAGUCGCGAACAUCCUCCUCGCAGUAUACUACCUUUACGACAGCUCCCGCCGCUCUACUACCGAUCCGAUGUUCGGCUCCUUGUACAAAAUGGCCAUGACCCAAUACACACAGAAAGCCUUCAAGCUGGAUAAAGAAUACCCCAUGACCUGCGCCUCGUUCGGAAGCUACUUCCUUCUCCGCAAACAGUAUCCGACCGUCGAGACACUCGCCCGCAAGGCGAUUGAAAAAACGGAUGUCAUGCCCAUUGCUAGUGAUGGGUGGUAUCUGCUUGGUCGAAAGGCACACUACGAGGGCGAUGGUGCACGCGCUACAGAGUACUACAACAAAUCCGACCAGGCUCGUGGUGGUGGUGAAAAGGGCUUCUUGCCUGCCAAAUUCGGUGCUGUGCAAAUGUCCGUCUCGAACAAGGACUUUGAUGGUGCCAAGUUCCGCCUGGAGAAGAUUGUCCAGCAAUCAAAGAACGCCGAGGCGAUGAUUCUGCUCGCGGCGCUGCAUGCUGAAGAUGUCUUCGCUUCACAAAAGGCCGGUCUCAAGGAUGAUAAGUCGAAUGAGACGAAGCGUGCUAUCCAUCUGCUGGAGUCUGUGCGUUCCAUGUGGAAGGACGAAAAGCAAAAGCUGACUCCAGAUGAAUCUGUCCUGGUCUAUCUGGCUCGUCUCUACGAGACCAUUUCCCCGGAAAAGUGCAUGCAGUGCUUGACCCAAUUAGAGGAGCUGCAAAUUUCCGGUAUUCCUGAGAGUUCUCGGCCUGAUAUUGACGAUCCGGAGGAUCUGAAGGCUGCUCUUCGCGAGAGCCUUCCUCCCCAGCUGCUCAACAAUAUGGGAUGCUUCCUCUACCAGAACGAGAAGAUUGCCCUGGCGCGUGGCAUGUUCCAAUCCGCGCUCAACGCUUGCGUACACUCGCAGGAGAGAAAGGAUGGUUCCGAUAACGAUGCCCUCGUCACAACUAUCAGCUACAAUCUUGGUCGCACAUACGAGGCAGCAGACAUGUGGGAUGAAGCCAAGAAGGUCUACGACGGACUCCUCGAACGACACAGCGACUACACCGAAGCUAGUGCACGCUUGACCUAUAUCGCCCUCCGCCAGAGCCCAACGGAAGAAGGCCCCAAGAAGAUGUCCAAGCUCUACGAAACCGAUUCCUCGAACCUGGAAGUCCGAUCCCUCUUCGGCUGGUAUCUCAGCAAGUCCAAAAAGCGCGUGUCCAACCUGGCCGAGGACUCCGAACAGCGCCAUCACAAGCACACACUCCAAUACUACGACAAGCACGACCGCUACGCCCUCACCGGAAUGGGCAACGUGCAUCUCCACGCCGCGCGUGAUAUGCGCCGCGACACCGAAGCCGACAAAGAAAAGCGCCGCAAGGUCUACCAACGCGCCGUCGAGUUCUUCGACAAAGCCCUACAGUUAGAUCCCAAGAACGCAUACGCCGCCCAAGGAAUCGCCAUCGCCCUAGUCGACGAUAAGAAGAACUACAGCACCGCCGUAACAUUCUUCUCCAAGAUCCGCGACACACUCAAAGACCCGAGCGUCUACCUAAACCUAGGCCACGUCUACGCCGAACUGCGCCAAUACACGCGCUCAAUCGAGCACUACGAAGCAGCCCUCGCGAAAGACCGUGCCCGCGACGUGCAGAUCCUCGCCUGCCUAGGCCGCGUCUGGUGGCUAAAAGGCAAGCAAGAAAUGAACCUAAUCGCCAUGAAGACAGCGCUAGACUACGCCCUGCGCGCCCGCGACGUCUCGCCCGACCAGCUCCACCUCCAAUUCAACGUCGCAUUUGUGCAAAACCAAAUCGCCUCCCUGGCCUACAGCCUGCAACCGACGCAAAAGACGCUCCAAGAUGUCCUCGAAGCCGCGGACGGCUUGAAAGAAGCCAUCGAGACCUUUGAGAAACUUUCCAAGGAAAAGAACCCGCCUUACCCGGCGCAGGCCCUCGAGCAGCGCGCUAACAUGGGCCGCACGAUUAGCAAGCAGCUUGAUCGUGCGAUGCAGAGCCAGAAGGAGUAUGAGGAGAAGAAUGCGGCGAAAUUGCAGCAGGCGCGUGAGGCGCGCGAGGCGGCGCAAGCUAAGCGUGAAGAAGAAUUGCGCAAGGCCCAGGAAAUUGAGAUCGAGCGGAAGAGGAAGAUUGCUGAGGAGCGGGCGCAGAUGGUUGAGGAGACGCAGCGGAGUGCGGCUCGGCGGGCGGAGGCCGAUCGUGCGCGUGAAGAGGCGGAACUUACGGAUGGCAGUCAGGGGGAGAGAGUUAAGAGGAAGAAGAAGACUACGUCUAAGCGGAAGAAGAAGGGCGGCGAUGACUUUAUUGCUGAUGAUGAGGAGGGUCUUGGUGGGGAGGGAGAUUUGGAGCGCAGUGGUGGUGAGGGCGAGGGGGAUAGUGAGGGUGAGGCUGCGCCUAAGAAACGGCGUCGUUUGGAAAGGAGGUCUGGUGGGAAGGUUGCUAGCAAGGCUUCUAGCAAGUAUAAGAGUGAUGAGCGGAUUGUUGAUUCUGAUGAUGAGGAGGAGGAAGGGGAGGAGGCUGCGCCGGGUACGCCUGGUGAUGAUGAGAAGGAAGAUCUUUUUGGCGAUGAGCAAAUACAGGAAGAUGUCGCUCCUCGUCGUCGGGGGAAGGCGCGUCAUAUCGCUGAUGAUGAUGACGAGGAUGAGGACGAGGGAGAAGGUCAGGCCGAUGUUGAAGCUGAAGCUGAAGCCCCGGCUAAAGUGAACGAGGACAAUGAUGACGAUGACCUCUUCGGGGAUGAGGAGAAGACGCAGACUCAGACUCAGGAUACGGAGAUGCAGGACUGA